GGAUUUUGGGAGCGGGGGAAGCCGGGCCGUGGGAUGGGAAGAAGUGAAGCCGUGUUGGGCCGGGCUGAGAGCACCUUGGGAGGGUUGGGGGUCGCAGGACUGAGAGUGGGGGCGAUGCCUGGGCUGAAGGGGGCGAAGUCUGGUUGGCGGAGCUCAGGCCCCACCUCGCGGUGCAGGGGAGGCUGGUGAGGGCGUACGGAGCCAAUGAGGGGAUGCAGCAAAGGCUUCAGGCCUCGCGGAUGGAGCUGGGGAGGGACGGAGCUGGGGCCGACUUCGGAGAACUCGUAGAGCGGGGUGGGUGAGGAGGGAUUGAGAGGGCGGGCGCUCCGGCCAUGGAGUCCUGAUAAGGUCACAAGAAGAGAGAGGGGAGGAAAGUUGAAUGGUUGAGAGGAGGGCGUAAAACCAAACGACCUUCCUGCCAUCGGCUUCAUCUUCUCCCCGGUCCGUUAUUCCCUUCCACCUUUGGCGACCCUCUUCGGCCCUAGGAAGGUAAGAAGGACCCGGGCACGUAUCAAGCAUCUCUGACGUAAUUUACAUUUUUCCCUAAAAAGUAAACCUGCCAGGUUAGAAAUUACAAAACAUAGCACGGGAUUAGUAUUGGGAGCAGCCGAAAUGAUUCGGCAGGUUUAUUCACCUCUUUUAUUUUACCGGUGCGGGAAGCAGUUAUUUCCCUCUUCGGGAAAAUAAUAAAAUUCCUUCCUAUGGAAGGAAUCUAUGCUUUCGGAAGUACCCAGACCGGUUUGGAUGAAAAGUUAUGAUGGAUUGAAGCUGUACCAGGCCCCAGCAUGAUAAUCGUAUUUGAGUUCUGUAUACCAGGGGUUCUCUUGCUUCCCUGUGCACCAGAAUCUCUUGAAGGGGUCUUCUUAAGAUACAGAUUCCUUGGGCCCUGCCCCAGACCAUCUGAAUCAGAAUCUCCCGGGGUGGCGCCUUGGCAGCCAUUUUAAACAGGCUGACAGGUAACGGAUGCAAAAUCAAAAUUUGAAACCACUGUUGUUAGAUAGUAGUUCCAGUGACCAAAAUGACGGGCUGUGAAGUUCCUUAAAUCUUUUACAUCACGUGAUGCUGGGCAGCUCCAGUUCCCUUAUGCCUCUUCUAGGUUCCCAUGCAUUUGGAAAGGUCUUCAGUAGUACCUUACCAAGUUUACAGACUACUUCGUGUUUUACAAACUGGCUUUGAGUAUCUGGUUAUAGGUGCCUCUUUUUGUACCUGUUCAACUUUCCGACAGAGAUCUAGGUCAGCUGCUGCGGGUGGAUGAGAAAAUGAUAAUAAAGGAAAAUUCAGAAGUGGCGCUAGGGAAAAAAAAAUUUCAAAUCACACUUGAAAUCGUUAGAUGAAUUAAGUCACUGGGAAAGAGGUUCCAUUUAAUUUUAGGCAUAGCUGACAUUUUUUACAAUUCAAAGAGAGAUGUGGGCUCCUCCCAAGGAGUGGAUUUUAAAUGUUUUUCAGAUUAAAUACAUACCAGCAUUAUAGGACAGAUGAUUUGGCAAUAUAUUGUCAAUCAAAAGAACCCACAACUGUGUAUCAGGAGAGCUGGGUUCUAAUCCUACCCUGCCAGAGAUGUAUUCCUGUUGUUGAGCAGUUCAUUUAACUCUUCAUAACCUUUUUUUUUUUUUUGCUUCUGUAAAAUAAACCUAUUGGCAUGGAUUAAUAAUCUGGGUUUUUACUCUCAAGUUAUAUGAUUUGUACUUACUGACCCUGAUAUUUAAAAAGUUAACUAUUUUGUAUUUAGGUGGCUAUAAAUCAUGAAUACUUGGGAAACUUUUAGGUGGUCAUUAGGAAGAGAAUUAUCAAAAUCUUUUACUCAGGGAGUGUUACAGAUAUAUAUUAUGCUAGAUAUAUAAUUUGAACCAUAGAGUAACAAAUAACUUUGUGAUAUGUUGGACUUUUAAUAUUCCCCUUUAUUUUUUCCUGAAAUGUGCACACAAGGUAUCCUGGAUCAGAGACAGAUUAUCAUUAGUCACUUGAGACAUAAUGACCACAUGGUUCCCUCACGUCCCGAUUCUUUCCCCAGGGACUGCUUUCUGAAAGUCAGAUCUAGUGUCCUGACCGUACAAACUGCUGAAAGGUGAUCCUCCUCCCUCCUGAAAGGAAGGAGAAGGGAACUUUUGCUCCACUGACCUGUUGGACAGUUAAAGUUAUCCAGAUGUGAGAGAUUAAAGGAAAACAUACCAACUUUCUUGCUUUUAAAGACAAUUCCCAAAUAUCUUCUUAGUUUAGGAAUAAUUAAGGCAGAGGAAGAAAACAUGCUUUAAUAUAUUUAAAAGAAGGUGCUAGUUUUUAAAAGUGGAUUGUGGUAUAUAAUGGUUUUGUCUCUUGUGGUUGUAAGGAUCCAAGACCUACUCAGGUUAUCAUGUGUUCUUUCAUAGAUACAAUAUAAGAAUUAAAAGAAAAAUAAGCACUCAUGUACAUACAGCUUGACAUUUUUAUUGCUGACUCUACAAAUGUGUAUAAUUAUGACAGAAUUGGACUCUUCCCAAUAAGGAUGGGGGCUUGGAGGGACAAUCUCACUUUUCAAACUAAGCACUAAGCUUCCCCUCUAGAGUGGGAUUUUCUUUGAGGACCUUGACUACUACUAAACCCCUUGAAUAGCAAAGUGUUGAAUGAGAGCUAUUAUUACUGAAGGGAGUAUGAUGCACAUGAAAAACCCAAAAGCUAAGGUAAGACUAUAUGGGUAAUGGCAGUUAACUUUUGAGUUUAUUGUAAUUGACAUCAAUCAGAGACUUGUGCAGUUACAUACUAUGUUUGACUCCCUUUUGUAUCUAUGGGUAAAGUUUAUAGUCUGUUCAGCUCAGUCAGAAGGAAGUAUGUACAUAGUUACUGUGACUAAGGUGAAAUUGAAUUUAUUACUUUAUUGUGAUGAAAUGCCUACUAGCAUCCUGUGUAAAAAAAUUGACCAAAAAGGGAGAAUGGAGCCUUGGGCCCUUUGUGAUAGAAAUGAAUCUUUUUUUUCUGCCCUCUAAUUCAUAUAAUCAGGCUAGUAUCUUGCCUUUUUUGGUACCACUUAAAGGAAUAAUCUUAUAAAAAGAAGUAUGCUUUUAACUGCAGAACCUCAUGGAAAUUCUGUUUCAGGAAGAUUCUUCAAUCACUAUGUCAAGUGACACAGAUGUUUCUCUUUCUUCAUAUGAUGAAGAUCAGGGAUCUAAACUUAUCCGAAAAGCUAGAGAGGCACCAUUUGUCCCCAUUGGAAUAGCAGGUUUUGCAGCAAUCGUUGCAUAUGGAUUGUAUAAAAUGAAGAGUAGGGGCAAUACUAAAAUGUCUGUUCACCUGAUCCACAUGCGCGUGGCAGCCCAAGGCUUUGUUGUGGGAGCAAUGACUCUUGGUAUGGGCUAUUCCAUGUAUCAAGAAUUCUGGGCAAAACCUAAACCUUAGAAGAGGAGAUGCUGUCUUGGUCUUGGUGGUGCUUGCUUUAGUUAGACAUCUCAUAUUGAGGUUAUAUGUUUAUGUUGAAAAUAAAUUCUGUGGGUUGGACGAUAACGGUAAUUUGAAUACUGGCUUCCUUUCUUGCAGGCUUGAUUUGCCUAGUGACUAGUUCACUAGCUAGGUCAUUCAGGGGAGUCAGAUUAGCACAAAAACAUGUCACUUUUAAAUGCACUUGAUAGUGGUACAAUGUCCACCUUCUUAAACUCUUCUGAUAAAAUUAGUUGUAAAGAGGACAACAUGCCAAACCUGAAAAUGCUCCCAGUUGCUGCAGAAUAUCAUAUGCUUUUGAUGUAAUGUAGGAGUCCUAUUUACCCCAGUUAAUUCAACUCUUUCUGACAGCCUUGUGGACUGAGUACUGUUUUAAGGUCUGGUUGGCUCUUGAAGAACCCUUUCAGAACAGUGCACGGAAUACAUUAUAAACCUCCCAGCAACUAUGUGUGUGUUUUUAAACCAAACCUAAAGAGCUGGUAACAGCUGCUUUGAAGUAGUAUCUGUUUCAGAAUCAUAGUUGUAAACAUGAGAAUAACUUAACUGUAGAUCCCCGUUUAGCUGUUUUGUAAUUGCAGAAUUAUAGUUUGCUGCUGUUACAUUAGAAUAAUUUUUAAAUGGCAUUUUGAAAUAGAAGUGUGUAUUUUAAGUGCUAAUGCAAAGGUAAAUGAAAAAUACUUUUUAAAUGUGUGCAGUCUGUUUAUUUUUCUCUGAAAGAAUCGUAAAUGUUAAACUAAAUAAAUUGCCUAUAAUGGAAGUGAUUUAUGAGCAAGCUGGUUUGGUCAGACAUUAUACAAACUUUGCUAUACUACAGAAUGCUUUGUUGUACUUGUGAAAUUCUCGUCUAACCUGAAUUUACAUUCCAUGGUGAUAACAUGGUAAAUGUAGUGUUAUUAAAGUAAGUGAACACAUCAAA